AUGGUUUCGUUACCAGCUAUGACCAUCCAUUCCCUCCCCGUCGAGCUCAUUGCACGCAUAUUUGUUUUAGGCGCUGCUGACCAGUACAGCGACUCUCCAUUCCUUCUUCGACCAGAUGAAGACUACUGCUCUACUGCGUCGGCUGACUUCCAGUUAAUCUCCUCGCAAGUUUGCCAGCAUUGGCGGCAAAUUGCAAUCCGAACUUCUUCUCUGUGGACAUCGCUGCAUUUCCGUGAACCAGUCCAUAUCACAAGGGCUGAGGCAUUCCUCAGCAGGGCUUCGCCAAAUUAUCCACUUGAUAUUCUGGUGGACACCGUUUCGCCGGAGGAACACAUUCCUGGAGUAACCCUAUGUCGCGAAGAGAUGCGGACAAUAUUCGAAUUAAUAACGCCUCAUGUUGCGCGGUGGAGAGCAUUUCAUCUCAAGGAGCUUGUACCGCACGAGGUUUGGAAUCGAUUCUCACACUGUUUACAGGUCCGCGCAGACGAAUGCAAACUUAUUGCCCGGCAAGCUUUGUCUACAUGUGGGCCUGCCCCCAGGCUGGAGACGCUGCAGCUGUACCACUUUGAGGACUACCGAACGGCCCAUAACCUCUACAUCGCAACCUACCGCGACCCGGUCAUGAUAUUCAAUAACGUGCUCCCUUCGCUGAAGAAUGUGUCACUCAUUGGCGUCAACUUGCCAUGGGCACACUCGCCGUACCUGAAGCAACUCGACGCGCUGGAGCUCGCUUUGCAUCCGGACAACAUCAGACCACCAUUCGAUGUCUGGGAUGCGAUGCUCAGAGAGUCUCCUCGUCUUCGUCGACUGCUGCUACACUAUUCUGGCCCGCGUGUGGCAUCUAAAUCACCCGAUAGUCGGAUUUCCGUCCCUACACUAGAAGAGCUUUCGCUUACGGACCUUGAUCCUGAGCACUUGACAACGAUGCUCAAAACGCUUGACCUCCCCCACCUUACCACUCUGUCGAUGGACCUCCCAGAUCAAGACUACACCAGCGCCAUGCAACUCUUGACGGAGGAGUCAGAGUGUCCCCCCAUCCAACUGGCGGGGCUUCACACCCUCCGGAUUGCAGCGCUCGAAUGUCAAGCGGAGAUAUUGGCCAAGCUCAUCCGUGCGGCUUCCGCUUUACGCGUCCUCGAGCUCGAUUUCUCUGCGAUCAGUCCACGUCACGUGUUGCUCGAUAUCUUGUUCGAGGCAACUGUGGUUUCGGACGAGGACGAAGACGAAGACUCAGGUUGUAGUUGCAAACGCCAGCGACGCCGGAUCCCGAUCUUCCCUCAUCUAAAGGAAGUGCGGCUGUUCGGAUUGGAUGGCACGAAGUUGAGGGACCUGAUAGCCUUUCGGUCGGGCUUCAAGUGCAGUUGCGCAAACCAUGUGCCUCUACCUCGCUUCGUUGUGCGGUGGUCACCCGGACCCGGGAAAGAGAGGGACAAGGUACUGGAUGAGCUCGUGGAGAACUGCAAGGUCGAGUACAUGGAAGAAAAAUAUGACGAAUUGGAAGAGGACGAUGAUGGAAGUAAUUCAGAUGGCUCAAUGGAUGCGGGGUCGGGUACGAAUGACUCUGUAGACUCCAAUGAUUAA